GGGAGACAUCGUCUUUGUAUGUAGGUCUGUGUUCAUGCAUAUUGAUAAAAAAAGGGGAUGAGCUGCAUGUCUUCGAGUGCGGCCGUUCAUGUACAUGAACAAAAACAGUCGAGAACAAUCACUAUCCCCUAGCCUUGGCCUUCACGGCAGACCGCCUCACCUCCAGGAUUACAGACCUCGCUGACCUGCAGGCAGUGCUGUGCAGACUGCGCAGGAAUAAUCUGCUGCCGUGCUUCCAUUCCUUCGCUCGCAUUGGAUGCACCGCUAGCGAUGGGAGUUGGACUGCAAGGACUGGAGAGGUGUCGGGCCGACUCGAGCCCGUUGCCGCAUGGCGAGAUCGCAGAGCACCUGUGGAGUAAUGUCGUGACUAAUAAUCUAGCAGGUGAACGGGGCCCGAAGUGCGUGUUGCAGCUUACAAUGGCUGUCAUGGACUCGACUAGCGGCGAUGCCCUGCUCAGCACACAAGGGUCGUGCCGACCCUUGACAACCAGCUUCUCGACCACGCCAUCAAAGCUGGCUGUUUCUUGCUCCAACGAGAUGGAUGAGACAGGCUUAAUAGCCACUCGGAAGACAAUGUCUUGCCCUGUCCAACCAAACACGGGAAGGAGAUUGGUGAGUGAGCCAUGCAUCCCAGAGAGAGAGAAGAAAUGAUCGCUGACUGAUGCCGUACCUGAGGUGAUGCCACCCAGGGUGCCACCUGCAUUGUUGGUCCGUGUGUAGAGCAGUGACGAGUCAGCGUCCUUGCCCGCGAAGAGAUCGUUGUGCUGCGACCCAGUCAUCUUCACCCCCUCAAACCCCGUCCCGACCUCAAAACCCUACGGGCAGACGGCCAAACAACACACAUCAGACGGCCAAAGCGGCCCUGACUAGACAUGAAGUCAAUAGGCACCUUGGUUGCCGGGAGCGACAUCAUUGCCUUGGCAAGCUCGGCCUCGACUUUGUCUGAAAACCGAAGGAAGCAUGGUGACCGACCAUGAUCUCAUGAUGCUGCUCUCACCGAAGCACGGCUCCCCUAGCCCCACGGGGCAUCCGCGAACGACAGUCGUUAGUAUCCCACCUGUUGAGUCUCCCGCCGCCCGUAGCUGGCCGACAGACACGCAGACAUUUGGUGACAGAACAGCCUGCAAGUUUGCGUCCAUCCUGUGGUUGUUGUGCCAGUAAUGCACCUGUUGGAUUCGCGCGGCCAUUAUGGCUGCCGAUGGAGCAUGGGGGCACCGUGUGUGGAUCUUGGUCUCUUUGACCUUGGCGCAAUCUUCAGGCAUUUGACGGCCCUGCUUUUCCCCAGUAGGUUCCCCGCUGCUUCCCUCGUAUACGUUGCCGUAUACGUCGACGAAACGACCUACGUACACGGGCCAAUCGUGUGGUCGGAGACUUGUCGGUGGUGAGUGUGCCCAGGUCCUUCUACCAUCCUCCAGCUGCAGAAGAGCGCCGGACGAGUCGAUCUCAUCCCUGGUAGGCGGCGUCGUCUCUGAAAGGACCAAGUGGCCAGCGAAAACCAGGAGAGCAGGAGACUGUAUCGACUGUCAAACUGACUAGCGCGACAUAUGACCGACCCAGUCGUUUGGCAACGUCCUCAGGCAAGCGAACGUGCCCGACAGCCGACACCUGAAAGGAAAGUGAACGAGCAUACUGGCAGAUCAGUCCCUUUUGCUUUAUCCCUGUCCGACGCUUGGUACCCAGGUGACAAUGGACGUGCCGUACUGCUCACGAAGCCACUUCUCAGCGAUCCCACCCUGCCGACAGCGCACAACACCACGAUGAUGUACAUGUCACUCCCACCGAGCAUCAUUCAUCUGUUAACAUGGUUGUCGCCAGCCCAGAUGUGUGGAAGUGUCUCCCUCACCGCAGCGACUCGUCCGAUUGUUUCUCGCGCGGAGGCUCUGCCCCCUCCGCUCGAGGCCUUGAUGCCGUACUUGACUUGGUAGGUGUAGUCCGCAUGGCCAGGGCCUGAACCAGGCGCGUUAUAAAAACCCUCACACCUUAUCCGUAUUUAAACAAUGGCUGGAUGGCUGGCUGGGUUUCUGCUUUGUCUGUCUACUGACGCGGAAUGCUGCUCGUGUUGGCGUAAUCAAAUUUCCUGCCAACAGCCAGCAGCGUGCCACAUCCAACCCUUCACAGUGCUUGUCGGUCUCUUCGCACCCACCGUUGAUCCUGGUUCCGAACAAUCAUCGCCACAGGCGUGCCUGACCAUACAAACAUCUUCUUCUUCCUUCCUUCCUGCCUGCCUGUCUGUCUGUCUGUCUGUCUGUCUGUCUGUCGAAGUCGCCUGGCUCAAUUCCGAACCGACCUAGUGUGACGCCAUUCUCGGUACCAGAGAGGAUGCUCACCACAUCGCCCUGGACCAGCACAACACAAAGGCCGAAUUGUGACAACCAUCCAUGGUACAAACCUGAGCUGAGCGGUGGCUCCCCUGUGCCGUGCUGUACUGUGCUGCAUACCUCCUGUCGUUGAGUGGUCAGGCUGGACUGGCCGGGACGUCUCCGGGUGAGCUGCGGCUGCACAUCCUCUUCUGUCAGCUUAAGGCCGGGCGGCACCCCGUCCACAAUGCAGCCCACGCCAAUGCCGUGGCUCUCGCCAAAAGUCGACACUCUAAGGAGCGCACCAACGGAAAGCAGACAUGCAGCAACCAAAGCCGGUCCGUCCACAUGUGCUCCCACCUGAAUAUGGAUCCGUACACACUCAUGAGGGAGGCGUUCAGUCUUCCCACUUCAGCUGUCCUGAGGUCAAAAUGAUGAGUACUGGCGACAGAUCUUCAAGUUGGAGACUGUGGGACGAGCUUGGAGGCUUCGCUACGGAGGAGCACAGGACAUUGUAUGGUGUUGUGAGAUGAAAAGUCCCAGGAGAGUCCUUCGGAGUCCUUUUGAUUUGUCCGGCGCCCUCUCC